AUGAUGGUUUUGAUCGUUGAGGUUAAGUAUUUUAAUGAUAAACUCGUAGACAGGUCAGGGUCGGCCCUGUAUAAUAUCUCUCACUGUGAUGGUUUAUUCUUAUGCGUCACCAACGACAAUGACAACGACAACUACAACAACUAUAGGCUUGUGGUUUGGAACCCUUGUAAUGGGCAAACAAGGUGGAUCAAGCCUAGAAAUUCUUACAACUUCUUUGACAGGUACUCUCUCGGAUACGAGAAGAAGGAGAACAACUCGCUUCGUAACCAUAAAGUCUUGAGAUUUAUGGAUAACUACAACUGGUGUACUGAGCAGGGACUUCGUGAUUUCGAAAUCUACAGUUUAAACUCUGAUUCAUGGAAGGUCGUUCAUCUCAAUCCCGACUGGUAUAUAGAGUCUGAUCAACGAGGCGUGUCUCUCAAGGGAGAUACUUUUUGGUUUGCUAGAGAGAAGUUCCAACGAUUAGGAGUGAUGAAUGAUUUCUUACUCUGUUUUGAUUUUACAAAUGACAAGUUUGGACCUCGUUUGCCUCUGCCAUUUAGCUCUUCCCAUCUGGACACUGUGGCUCUAUCCAGCGUUAGAGAAGACCAGCUCGCGGUGUUAUUUCAACGGUGUGGUACGUCGAGGGUGGAGAUAUGGAUUAGUGAUAAGAUUGAACACGAUGCGGUUUCUUGGCGAAAUUGUUUCUUAGCGGUUGAUAUGAUGAAACCACUCACUCCUUUUAAGUUGCAGAGUAACGCUGCGAGUUUCUUGGUCGAUGAGAAGAAGAAUGUAGCGGUGGUUCUUGAUAAAGAUAAUGUGUAUCGCCCUACUCGCGACGUUGCUUACAUCAUUGGCAAAGAGGGUUACUUGGAAACGGUGGAUCUCGGAGGUUCUACAAACGAAGAUUGUCCUCCACUUGUGUGCUCUUAUGUUCCAAGCUCAGUGCAGAUCAAGCAAGCUGGUCCAUGA